AGAGAGAGAGACAGGGAAAAGUCAUUUGGAAGCAAGUUCUCGUUCCCAACGCACACACAUAUGCCCAUACGCAAACUCAGGGCAUUGCAAGUAGGCCUACACUUGCCGACAAACUUUCGAAACCACUCACAAACAUGCCAUCUUUACAGACAAACAAGGAAUAAUUGAUAUUGAUCUCCGCCUCAUCAAGACCGCAGAUUGGACGAAGACUAAGAAGACCGUUCAUCCCACAGGCUCUCCUCUCCCUGACGCUCGGAUCCCCGGACCACAGACAACAGGUUAACGGGUGACCAUGGAAACGGAGGCUAAUUAAUUCAAGAUGCACCCCCAUCGGAGUGUAAACCAACAACCAUCUACUGCCGCAUGUGCCAAACUUAUGAUGGAAUACUCAGAGAGCAGGCCGAUUCACCACAAUCGGCAACGCACACGCCGCGAUUCACGCGUCACCGGGGUCAUCAUCCCUAAUGCUGCCUCCAGGACCUGACAAGACCUAUGCAGAGUGAGUGAGAGGAAAACCCAAAAUAUUCCAGGAUGUUCAUGAACUUUCGUAAGAUGCGCAGGUGCCAGCGUGUGCAGUUGUUGACCAUGUGCCUGGUGCUAUCCCUUAUGAUGGUGUGCUGGGAACAGCUGGACCAAAGUCUGGUGAGCCACGUCAAGUCCUACUCAUACCGCUUCCUGGACAACCGUUUCACCUUCAUCAAAGACAGCUUCACCAUUCCCCAGGAGGAGGCUCUGAGCUUUAGCAACUACCGCUACCUGCUGGACCACCAGGAUAAGUGCGCCAACCAGGAUGUCCUCCUCCUGCUGUUUGUCAAAACCUCUCCGGAGAACACCAAGAGGCGCAAGGCAAUCCGUUCCACCUGGGGCAACGAGAGCUACAUCUUCCAAACCCUCGGGGCUGACGUGAAGGUGGUCUUUGUGCUAGGGGCCCCCGGGACCACCCUAGGAGGGUCUUUUGGGACCAAAGAAGCGGGGUCUUUCGCGACCAAAAGCCACAAAGCCAUAGUCCAGGACAAGCUCGUCAAAGAGGACAGACUCAAUGGAGAUUUGAUCCAGCAAGACUUCGCAGACACAUUUCACAAUCUGACCCUGAAGCUCAUCCAGCAGUUUCACUGGGCGCACACCCGCUGCGCCCAAGCCCGGUUCGUCAUGACUGCCGACGACGACAUCUUCGUUCACAUGCCCAACCUGGUAGGCUACCUGCAGGAAAAGGCAAGAAAAGAGGUCAAAGACUUUUGGAUCGGCCGCGUGCACCGGGGGGCCCCGCCGAUUCGUGACAAGGAUAGCAAGUACUAUGUGCCCUACGAGAUGUACCCGUGGCCCACCUACCCAGACUACACAGCAGGGGCCGGGUAUGUGGUCUCCAGGGAUGUGGCGGAGAAGAUCUAUCAGGCCACUCUCAAACUCAAUGCCACCAUCUACAUAGAUGACGUGUUCAUGGGGAUAUGCGCCCACUCCAUGGGCGUUUCCCCACAGGAACAUUUGUACUUCUCAGGGGAAGGCAAGGCACCCUAUCACGUGUGCAUCUACGAUCAAAUGAUGACGUCCCAUGGUCACAUAGAGGACAUCUAUGAUCUGUGGAAGGUAGCGACAGACCCCCUGGUUAAGCAGAGGACCUCUGGGUUUCUAGGGAGGAUGUAUUGCACGGCAGCCAAACUGGCUCUCCUUUGUAGACCUUACUUUUUCAAUACAUAUCCAUGCAAGGGAGCCUUUGCCUGACAACUCCAUUUAGUGUGUGCAAGUCUGCAUUUUUGCGCUCGUGUGUGUGCAUUUGUUUGUUUCAAAAAUAAACUGUUGAGUAGGCUUUUUAUUCUUCACAAGGAGAAAAGUAGGACAGACAAGAGUGUAAACAUUACUUUGUCCACAAUGAAAUAGGGAUACUUUAUGUGAGUACUGGGUGACUACAGCUCUGAAGGUGAAAAUACAUUCUGUGUUGUUAGCGGGAAAUAGCUCACUCAUACAGCAUCAAGAGGCUGCUGAUGGCGGAUUAUAAUAAUGAACAGGUGUUUCUAGCAAAACAAUGCUGUGCAUGUUUUAUUUUAGAUUGGUGUUAUUCAACACAUAAACAUAAGUGCUUAGGUGUUUUUGUUCUCUGGCCUUCGUUUGUUGGCUCAUGUAUUUAUGAAUAAGGAAGUUUGUUCAAGGCGAUAUGUUUGUAUGUGAUUCAAACAAACAUUUCCUUAAAUAGUAACUAGCCGAUUGUCGGCAUGAAAAAACUUGUUCAUUUCAACAACAAUUGUUAAAAGAGCACUGAAAAACCCUUGAGGGGGAAGUAUGUUGGGGAACUAAAUGCAAACGUGUUGUGUUGAAACCGUUACAUCACAUCUUGUUUUGUCUAUUUCCUGACCAUAGCCAAACUUUCAGCUAAGUAUUUACCAGUCUUUAGCUGUCAAUACUGUAGAGGAUAAUGGUAGUGACUGCAUUAUAUAGCGCUUUUUAGACAAGCGGCCACCGAAAGGGCUUUACAAUUAUUGCCUCUCAUUUAUACACACAUUCAUAAUCCGACAACGGUGUAUCAGCAGAAUUUUUCAUAAAUAUAAAGGUGUAUAUAUUAUUAAUAUAUAUUGUAUAAAGAUAAGACGUCUCUAAAUUGUGACAUGAUGAACUAAGUCACUCAUUACUCACCAGCCAUGACUUUUUUUUUCUGCUGACAAAAGGCGUUAUUUCACCAGAACAAUCUUCGGUUUAUCUUCCUAUGAUCUAUAUUGUUAACAGGCUCCUUUUUGUAGAAAAUAAAAUGUAUUUGUAAGCUUA